GCAUUGGUGGUUAUCUUAAGAACAGGGAACCCUGACGAUUGUGUCAUUUGGUGGGAGAGUUUUCCUUUCGCUUUGCCCUGUCUCGAUUGAAAGCCAGAAGGCGGUAAAAGCAGAGGUGGGGCCGUAAACUAUCUUAAAGAAACAAACAACAUUGAACUGAAAUCAACGGUUUGAAGAAGAAGCAUUGGUAAAGAAGAUCCAUUUUCCCCAAAUUAUUUUGGUCCUUGGAGGGUUCAUGGAACAAGAUCCGCCAAUCUACAACGUCUUGUGUUCGAAUCCCGUGGAGACCUGAUUUCAGUCUCAGAUCUGCCCAUGGAAAAACACAUGCACCGGUCCCCACCACGGCCGCAACAGCAGCAGAAGGAAUGGGCGGAUUGCAGAAAACGAAAGCCCUUUGUCGAAGACGACAGGCGAAUCAGCAUAGUUUCCAAGAAGAUGAGGCUAUUCAAGGACACAGAGUAUUUUACAAAUAAUAACGCCAGCUCAAACUACACCUCUUACCAGGGCCAGGGAUCUGCCAGGACAAGCCAAUCGCCACAAGCGGGGUUCGAUCCCCUGGCAAUCGCCUCGAACGGACAUAAAAUCCCCCCACCCUGUUUGCCUCCACCGGGAGCCAAAGCGGUUAACCGGCGGCUGGCUUGUUUUCUUGCCAGGGAAUACCUCCAGCGCGGGACAUUGAUGGGGAAACCAUGGCCGCCACAGGAUUCGAACACGACACCUCGGGAAAACGCCACCGCUCAGCUAAAGAAGAACCUCCGAGGAGACGAAGCUGCCAGAGAACAGGAAGCGCUCUACUCUACUCUCACCUCCAACUUUCUCUGCUCAGAUGAUAUUCACAUUCCCGGCAUUUUUAAUCCUUCACAGAUGGCCGCUUGGUUCGGAUUGAAAUGAUCAGUCUGCUCAAACCCUAGAGUGAAAAGGCUAAAAGAUGGCCGUUCUAUUAUGCAGUGUAAUACUCCUUCAUGAUUGCUAGUGUCUUCUUGUCGAGAAGGUAAAAAUUCUUGUUUUUAGUUUUUAGUUUUUCCAGGUUAUCUGCUGCAACAGAGAGUUUUCAGUGUAUAAGGAGGGUUUGGAUGUUCAGGCAAUUGACAGAUUCAGAACGUUUAGAUGUGUUUUAUGGAUGUGGCAUUUGAUGGCUGUUUCGAGUCCAAGGACUGUGCAAUAAUAUAAUUAAAUGUUAAAGAGUAUUUUGUUCUUCA